AUGACCGAAGAGAAUGAGCAUCAACAUACAGCAGCCACUCAUUGUAAUAUCUGCAAAGAAUCCUUUGCUAAAAGACAAAAAGUUCGAGACCAUGACCAUGUAAGCGGAGAAUUUCGACAAACACUAUGUCAGACGUGUAACCUGAAACUGAGAGUGCCACCCAAGAUUCCAAUCAUAGCACAUAAUGCUAACUAUGACAUGAGUUUUCUCCUGUCUCAUUUACAUCUCCUUAAGAAGUCAGACAUCAACGUGAUUGCCACCAGCUGUCAAAAAUUUAAAGCAAUUGACAUCGGCUCUUAUCGAUUCUUGGACAGUUUGAGUUUUCUGAACGCAAGCCUUGAAACACUGGUGAAAAAUCUACGUGAUAAAGGUGAAUCCAACUUUCAAUGCCUUCGCCAGUUUUUUCCAAAUGAGGAACACUUUCAGCUGGUUCUUCGUAAGGGGGUCUUCUGUUAUAACUUUGUCACCAGUUUUGAAGCCUAUGAUGAGCCUUCGCUACCACCUCGAGAUAAGUUCUUUAACGUUUUGAAUGGAACCGAAGUAAGUGAACAAGACUACAACCACGCGCAGAAUGUGUAUGAAAAAUUUCGGCUCAAGAGUCUUGGAGAGUAUUCGGACUUAUACCUUCUGACAGACACACUGCUUUUAGCAGAUGUGUUUCAGAACUUUCGAAAGUGGACACUCGAUGUGCACAAGAUUGAACCAUUUCAUUUUGUAUCCCUUCCAGGAUUAAGCAUGUCUUGUGCACUAAAAAUGAGUCAGGUAGAACUAGAACUAAUUAACGACCCCAACGCGUACCUGCUCAUCGAGAAUGGCUUACGAGGAGGUGUCACACAGUGCUCCCUGAGAAAAGCAACUGCGAAUGUGCCAGGAACAGAACAGUUUGAUCCCGAAAAAGAAAAAAAAAUAAUUAACUACAUUGAUGUAAAUGGCCUGUAUGGAGCAGUCAUGAGAGAACCAUUGCCUUACGGAGGAUUUGAGUGGCUCACUGAGGAGGAAAUUGUUAACUUGGAUAUAGCUCAGAUACGAGAUUAUACCCCUGUGGGUUACUUUCUUGAGGUAGACCUAGUGUAUGACCGAGCAACUCAUGAACGCCACAGAGAUCUUCCCGUUGCCCCUGAAAAAAUGUCCGUUCGUUAUGAGCUAUUGUCAGACUAUCAGAAGGCGCUCAUGAAGAAGUUCAAUCUUCCACAGAAAGCUACCGAAGCAAAACUGUUGCUAACAUUAUUUGAUAAAGAGAGGUACUUUCUCUACUAUCGCAAUUUGCAACUGUAUCUGCAAUUGGGGUUGCGUCUCACUAAAGUUCACAGGGUUCUCAAGUUCAAUCAAAAGCCCUUUCUGCGAUCCUAUGUCGACUUCAAUCACGAACUUCAGAAGCGAGCUACAAACGCAUUUGAGAAACAGCAAUCAAAGCUAAUGAUUAAUAGUGUAUAG